ACUGAGGAGCCCGAGUGCACCGGGAGUGUGUGUGAGGUGGGUGGGGUGGAUGUGUUCCUCCUUCUCCAACACGCAUGGCUGAGGUCUUUUAUGUAAAUGCUUGAAUUUAAUUUUCAAAAGGACAGCCCUUUCCUUUUCUGCCCAAUGAAAAUGGACCGCGGCCGACACCUGGCUAUAAACCUCGGAAGGAGCCCAAAACUCCAAUCAGAAAUCCGCUGAAAAAACCCAGAGAGGCGCAGCACGCACAGACAGACACACAGACACACACACAGACAGACAGAAGAGCGCAGAGACAGCCGUGAUGACUUCCAGUAAGAUCGAGAUCCCCGGAGAGGUGAAGAGCGACCCCGCCGCCCUCAUGGCAUCCCUCCAGCUGAUGCCCUCCCCGGUGCCCAAUCCCGAGAUCAAGUACACAAAGAUUUUCAUCAACAACGAGUGGCAGGACUCCGUUAGUGGGAAGGUUUUUCCCACCUACAACCCGGCCACUGGAGAGCAGAUCUGUGAGGUCCAGGAGGCAGAUAAGGCUGACGUUGAUAAAGCAGUGCAGGCGGCUCAGCUCGCCUUUUCUUUGGGCUCUGUUUGGCGGAAAAUGGAUGCAUCGGAGAGGGGCCGACUGCUCGCCAAACUGGCUGACCUGGUUGAGAGGGACAGCGUGUAUCUAGCAACCAUUGAGUCGCUGAACAGUGGGAAGCCUUUCCUGCCCACCCUGUUUGUCGACCUCCAAGGAACUAUAAAGACCCUGAGAUACUUUGCUGGAUAUGCAGACAAGAUCCACGGUACUUCCAUUCCAAUGGAUGGACAGUAUCUGACAUUUACCAGAUAUGAGCCCAUUGGAGUUUGUGGACAGAUUGUCCCUUGGAACUUCCCUCUGAUGAUGACAGCGUGGAAGCUGGGUCCUGCACUCGCAUGUGGAAACACUGUUGUCCUGAAGCCUGCUGAGCAGACGCCGCUCACCUGCCUCUACAUGGCAGCCCUCAUCAAGGAGGCUGGGUUUCCACCAGGAGUCAUCAAUAUUUUGCCAGGAUAUGGGCCAACAGCAGGAGCUGCGAUUGCUUCGCACAUGGGCAUAGACAAAGUGGCUUUCACGGGAUCGACUGAGGUCGGCAAGCUGAUCCAAGAGGCAGCAGGGAAGAGUAACCUGAAGAGAGUAACGCUGGAGCUGGGAGGAAAAAACCCCAACAUCAUAUUUGCAGAUGCAGAUUUGGAUCUGGCUGUGGAGCAAGCGCACCAGGGUGUGUUUUUCAACGCAGGCCAAUGCUGCACAGCAGGCUCCCGCAUCUACGUGGAGGAGCCCAUAUAUGAGGAGUUUGUGCGGAGGAGUGUGGAGCGAGCCAAAAGGAGGAUAGUUGGAAGUCCCUUCGACCCCACGACUGAGCAGGGUCCACAGGUCAGCCGAGAGCAGCAGAAUCGCGUGUUGGAAUUCAUCCAGAGCGGCAUCAGCGAAGGAGCCAAGCUGGAGUGCGGAGGCAAAGCUCUCGGCUUGAAGGGGUUCUUUAUUGAGCCCACAGUUUUCUCAAAUGUGAGGGAUGACAUGCGCAUUGCCCGAGAGGAGAUUUUUGGACCAGUGCAGCAGAUCAUGAAGUUCAAAACUAUCGAAGAAGUGAUAGAAAGAGCCAACAACUCUGAUUAUGGCUUGGUUGCAGCUGUAUUCACCAACAACAUCAACAAAGCCAUGACUAUAUCCACAGCCAUGCAGGCCGGCACUGUCUGGAUAAACUGCUUCAAUGCUCUGAGCACACAGUGUCCAUUUGGAGGAUACAAAAUGUCUGGCAAUGGACGUGAAUUGGGAGAAAGUGGCCUGAAGGAGUACUCAGAAGUGAAGACCAUCACGAUGAAGAUGGUCACCAAGAACUCUUAAGGCAGCAACACUUCUCUGGGAGGAGGCAGUUUUAUCCUCAUCGCCACCUCUUGUCAGUCCGUCCACUGUGGCACACAACACUUACCCUUGAAUCUAGUUGUCUCCAUGGUAACUACAAGCUGUUCUCACCUGCUGCCUCCAGUCCCUCCAUCUUACCCGGCCUCGUAGUCAGCCUUUCCUUGUCCAGCUAUCUCCAGGCGUCAUCUGGCAACCACUGAACUACCGUCCUGUCUGUUUACCUCCUCCACUAACUACACUAAAGCACUCAAGAAGACGAUUAGGGAGGCUGCUCUGACUGCAACGCCCAAUAUCAACCACCUGCCCAGCCACUACACCCUGAUCCACUCCUCAGAUGCUGGAUGCUCAGAGACUCGGUCGCCGCACUUGCAAUAAGCCCUUUACUAGCUCCUUGUAAUGUGUUGGGAGGCAGUUCUUUGUAUUGUGCGGUAUGAUUGUCAAAACCUCAAGUGUCAUCAUCUUCAAAGAACUUAUGCAAGCACGUCAACUCAUGAAAGACCACUGAUGUUGUCAGCCUCAGAUAUGAAUGGAUGAAAUGUUAAUUCAGAAUUAAAAAUGAUUUCUAAUUGUCUUUGUUUAUAUUUUAGCUCAUAUGAAUUAACACUGUGUGUAAACCUUUGACCAACGUAAACGUGAAAGAUUUUAAACUCUUAAAAGCAUUUUACUCUUACCGGCUAAAAGAGGAGUAGAUGUAUUUUAAACUUUAUGUAACUGAUUUUCAUUGAUGUCCAUCUAUGUCUAUGUUUAUACAAUCAUAUGCUAUGAAAUUAUAAAAUGACUGUAGUUUUUUUUUCAGUAAAAACUUUUUUUUCCUGGAAAA